CAAGUAAUUUCUCAUUUUUUUAUGACAAGUAAGAAACAUGUAGGAAACUACGAAAGUACGAAUCAAAAAUGGAAAUUUGAAAUUAGUUUGAAAAAUUCUCUAUACGCGCAAUUGUCGUCUUGAUUUUUCCCGUUUACACUUUACGUUCACCAGUUCGCCACCACCCCCCUCUCCAGUUUGAUUUUCUUUUCUUCCUUCGCUUUUCUUUCGCUUUCUCACCUCCCAAACACCUCAUAAAAGGAAGCCCCUUUUGCUCUUUUGAAGUAGGAAAAGAGAAAAAUGGCUAAUUGGGAGCUGAAGGGUUGCUGCAACCAUAACCAAGAUGUCUUUCUAAUCACUAUUGCUGUCUUUACUGUCGUCAUCUUGGCUUUAUGGAGGACAAUACUUCUAAUGCCUUUUAAGCUCAUCACAGUAUUCUUGCACGAAGCAAGCCAUGCAAUCGCUUGUAAACUUACAUGUGGUGAUGUUGAAGGAAUCCAGGUUCAUGCAAAUGAAGGUGGGUUGACACAGACACGUGGUGGUAUAUACUGGGUGAUCUUGCCUGCUGGAUAUCUUGGCUCAUCAUUUUGGGGAAUGGUUUUGAUACUUGCAUCCACAAAUCUCAUCACUGCAAGAAUAGCUGCUGCUUGUUUUGCUCUUGCUCUGCUUAUUGUUCUCUUUGUUGCUAAAAAUUGGACCCUUCGAGGACUCUGUGUUGGAUUCAUUAUUUUCCUGGCUGUAAUUUGGAUUCUGCAAGAAUAUACGAAAGUCCGUAUUCUACGUUAUGUCAUUCUCUUCAUUGGUGUCAUGAACAGUUUGUUUUCAGUUUAUGACAUUUAUGAUGAUCUGAUAUCUCGACGAGUCAACUCCAGUGAUGCUGAGAAGUUUGCAGAACUUUGCCCUUGUUGCAAUGGGGUUGGAUGGGGAGUUAUAUGGGGAAUGAUAUCCUUUAUAUUUCUUUGUGGAGCCAUGUAUCUUGGGCUUGUCAUCUUAUCUUGAGGUACAACCUGCUUCCACAAUGCAUUCAUUAUUGUUACUGGAACUGGAGAUUGAAUUAUUUUUCCUUGUGUAUAUGCUAAAUGACGAAUAUAUUAAUUGAUUGAUGUUCUUUCUUAGAAAAUAUAGGAAGCAUAAAAUUGGGCGAUAAUAUUUGUUGUAUGGACUAUUCAAAGUUGAAGUGUAAUGGUUGAAAAAGAUUAGUUGCUAUUGACUAGCACCGACUAGCAUCAAACUAACUGAUAACCAUAUAACCUGAAAUCAUCCUGCUCAGAAAACCUUCCUUGAGUAAAUGUCUGGCUUACACCUUACUGUUUGAUGAAAUAAUGAUUCACAUUUAAGAAUAAUAUAAGGGCAAGUUCUGAAGUCAGCAUAUUCAAGUCUGAGCUUAUUCAAUGGGCAUUUCACAGGACAUUCAUUGUUUUCACUUUUCAUAAUUGCGUUUUUUUCAUGUUUCAUCUCAGGGUCCUGGAUUCGGUUCAGAUUCAUCUGGUUUUCACAGAGAGCUGUCAGAUUCUUUUGUAUAUUCUUGAUGAUGAGUAGCAUACUAUAUAUCAGAACAUUGUCAUUUGAUUCAUGUCACUGCUUGUGUUCUGCUGCCCUGGCAGCCUGCUUGAUUCUUUUAACUCCUUUCAUUUGGGGUUACAUCUCAUUUACAAUUACAUGUAAAAUUGAAACUGAUGUAUUCUGCUUGUGAUUGAGAUUUAACAGCAACUCAAAUUUAUUUUGACGUGGUUUCAUAUCAUUGACUCUAAUACUAAACUGCUUGCAAUGUCUACAUGAUGAUGCGUGGAACGUAGAUUCAAGUCACUUUUCAUUUUCAAUACAAGAAAUUUCUCUACUACAUAGAGUCCUGAGAAUUAUCAGAAACACACUGGAGCUAAAUUCUAGGGGGGAAAUGUCAAUGAAAGAUCAUAGUAAAUAACAAUUGGCCUGAUCCUAUCUUGAAAGGUCAGGGAAUGUGAUGUAUUGCUGCUGAUAUCAGAUGGAACAAGAUUCAGUA